CUAAUAUUUUUGCACUUAAAAUGAGAUAGAUAUAUUUAGCCUUGAAAAGAGAGAAAGCAAAGAUGCCGAGUGCAAAAUGUGCAAGUAACGCAAACAGACCUAAUGAAUGAAAGAAGUGUUGAUAAUGUUGGUCAAUGUUGGUUUGCAUAGCACAUCUAUCGAGACAGUUUUAGGCAGCAACUGUCAAAAAUGUUAUCUGCAAUCGUCAAAGAACACCAGAGCAAGCAAGCUGUGAGAAAAGAAAGGCAAGAGCAAAAGCGGAAAGAUGCCGUUCAAGCUGCAAGCAAUCUGACACAAGCCCUUGUUGAUCACUUGAAUGUUGGUGUAGCUCAAGCAUAUUUGAAUCAAAAGAAACUAGACGCUGAAGCAAAGCAACUACAACACAGUGCAACCAAUUUUGCUAAACAAACGCAAUUAUGGCUGAAUUUGGUAGAAUCCUUCUCAAGCUCUUUAAAAGAAAUCGGAGAUGCAGAAAAUUGGGCACGUAGUAUAGAAGGAGAUAUGAGAACCAUAGCCACAGCUUUGGAAUAUUCAUACAAAGCCACGCAAGAGAAUCAAAGUGUUGGCAAUGUUUAAGGAUAUGUGAUAUGUGGAACAUUGUUUUUUCUAAGUAUAAUAUGGUUAUUGUCAGGAGUAAUAUGAAGAUUUUUUAAAAUAAUUUCGUGAUGUGGGUGAUAAUUUUAUUUUGUUAAGAUAUAGAGUUAAUGUGAUUUAAGUUGUCAAAGAAAAAACUUGUCUACAUAGUUUUUUUUCAUGGAGU